AAGUUGAUGGCCAAGGACCUGUUAGAUUUGGUGGCCUCCCACUUCAACCUAAAGGAGAAGGAAUACUUUGGGAUCUCCUACACAGACGAAACGGGUCAUUUCAGCUGGCUGCAGUUGGACCGGAGGGUUCUAGAACACGAGUUCCCCAAGAAGUCUGGACCCAUCGUCCUGUACUUCUGUGUCAGGUUUUACAUAGAGAGUAUUUCCUACCUGAAGGACAAUGCUACUAUCGAACUCUUCUUCCUCAAUGCUAAGUCCUGCAUAUACAAGGAGCUCAUUGAGGUGGACAGUGAGGUGGUCUUUGAGCUGGCCUCCUAUAUCCUACAGGAGGCUAAAGGUGACUUCAUCAGUAAUGACGUGACAAGGUCAGACCUGAAGAAGCUUCCAGCUUUGCCGACUCAGGCCCUGAAGGAACACCCAUCUCUGGCCUACUGUGAGGACCGGGUGAUAGAACACUACAAGAAGCUCAAUGGACAGUCCAGAGGGCAGGCCAUAGUCAAUUAUAUGAGCAUCGUUGAGUCUCUGCCUACAUAUGGAGUACAUUACUACACUGUUAAGGAUAAGCAGGGAAUUCCGUGGUGGCUGGGACUGAGUUAUAAAGGAAUCUUCCAGUAUGACUACCAAGACAAGGUCAAACCCAGGAAGGUGUUCCAAUGGCGUCAGCUGGAGAACCUCUACUUCAGAGAGAAGAAGUUCUCAGUGGAAGUUCACGACCCCAGGAGUAGGGCGUCGGUGACCAGAAGGACGUUUGGCCACAGUGGUAUAGCUGUCCACACCUGGUACGCCUGCCCUGCUCUCAUUAAGUCUAUCUGGGCCAUGGCCAUCAGCCAACACCAGUUCUACCUGGACCGCAAGCAGAGCAAGUCUAAGAUCCAUGCGGCUCGUAGUCUCAGUGAGAUAGCAAUCGACCUGACAGAGACUGGCACUCUGAAGACAUCUAAACUGGCCAACAUGGGCAGCAAGGGCAAGAUCAUCAGCGGCAGCUCUGGCAGUCUGCUCUCCUCAGGUUCCCAGGAGUCGGACAGUUCUCAGACAGCUAAGAAAGACAUGCUGGCAGCCCUGAGGGCCAGACAGGAGGCUCUGGAGGAGACUCUCAAACAAAGAUUAGAGGAACUCAAGAACAUCUGUAUCCGAGAGGCGGAAUUGACAGGGAAGCUGCCUAAGGAGUAUCCAUUGGAUCCAGGGGAGGAGCCUCCGACGGUCAGAAGGAAGAUUGGCACUGCCUUCAAGCUGGACGAACACAAGAUCCAGCCGAAGGGAGAGGAGGAGGAGCUAGAGCGUCUAGAGAGGGAGUUUGCCAUCCAAUCUCAGAUCACAGAGGCUGCGAGGCGUCUGGCCAGCGAUCCGCACGUGAGCAGUAAGAAGCUGAAAAAACAAAGGAAGACGUCGUACCUGAACGCGCUGAAGAAACUCCAGGAGAUAGAAAACGCCAUCAACGAACACCGUGUCCGCUCUGGGAAGAAACCCACGCAACGCGCUUCGCUUAUCAUAGAGGGUGAGACUACACACAUGCUGAGAGAAUCGCUUAUAAGAACCACAACGCGUAAUAAAGAGGAGGCCAACAUGGGCUCAGAGGACAGCUCUCUGUCUGACGCUCUGGUCCUAGACGACGAUGACCCCCAGAUGACAGGGACCCCCACCUUCUCUCCGGCAGCGUCUCCCCAUAAGGGCCUCCCUCCCCGGCCUCCCUCCCACAGCCGGCCCCCUCCCCCCCAGUCUCUAGAUGGCCUCAGCCACCUGCACUACGCCCGCUCCGACUACGACAAGUCCCCCAUCAAACCCAAGAUGUGGAGCGAGUCCUCGCUGGACGAACCCUAUGAGAGGGUCAAGAAACGCUCUUCACACUCCAAUCACAGGCGGUUACCCGGCUCUGGUAGUUGUGCGGAGGCAGGAGGCAGUAACUCUCUGCAGAGUAGCCCCAUCAGGAGUGUUCCUCACUGGAGCUCCCAGUCCAGCAUGCCCUCCACCCCCGACCUGAGGACCAGGACCCCUCACUAUGUACACUCCACCAGGUCUGUGGACAUCAGUCCCACCCAUCUUCACAGUCUGGUUCAGCACUUUAGGAACCGCAGCUCCAGCCUGGAAUCUCAGGGCAAGCUGCUGGCCUCUGACCCCGACACACACACUCACACACACACCCUGGGAGCCCCCGGCAGCCCAGACAUCUUCCUGGCCCCGGGGACUCGCAGCUCCAAUGGCUCUGACCCGCUGGAUGACUGUUCGUCCUGUACCUCCCAGAGCAGCUCAGAACACUACUACCCUGGGGUAGCUCCAGGCUCCAACCCAAACUACUCCACCCUAGGAGAGGACUCCCCUUCCAAAGCCAGACAGAGACAGAGACAGAGGCACAGGUCUGCAGGUCACCUUGGUUCCUCUAACUCUGGCUCCAUGCCCAACCUUGCAGCCAAGAACGGUUCAGGGUGCGGUGGUACGGGGGUGGCAGGGACUGGGUCAGGGCAGCAUGGGGUGUACCUCCACAGCCAGAGCCAGCCCUCAUCCCAGUACCGGAUUAAAGAGUACCCCCUGUACGUAGAGGGCAGCCCCAACCCGGUGGUGGUGCGCAGCCUGGAGAGUGACCAGGAGGGCCACUACAGCGUCAAGGCCCAGUUCAAAACCUCCAGCUCCUACACAGCCGGGGGGCUGUACAAGGAGACCUGGGGGGGUGAGGAGGGGGGAGAGGGGAGCAGCAGACUCACCCCGUCCCGCUCCCAGAUCGUACGGACUCCCUCACUAGGGCGAGAGGGGGGAGGAGGGGGGAGGGCGGUGGUGUCAGAUGAGUUGAAGUGUUGGUACCAGCGCUCUACGGGCAGUGUAAAGGAGAGGAGUCACGCCGGCUCCAACACAUCGGACAGCGGCUCGCUGCAAGGCACGCUGGGACUCGGACGAGGGAGCAGGGUGGGGACACUCGCCAAGGGAUCACCAGCGUCCCCUCACAGCCCGAGGAGUGGGACUCCCUCUAGUGAACAGGCCGCAACACCCACGCCCCCCUGCAGCCCACAACACAUCCUCAACUGGCAGAGCGGCGGUACAGCAGACAGCUCUCCUACUGAAGACGUGUGUCAGUCUCCCACUCAGCCCAGCUCUGACGCAUAGAGGUCAUUCAAUGAUAGUUGUUUUCUCAGCAGUCCUCUGUGUUCAGAGCUGGCAGAUGUCCAGUGGUACGGACACGACAAGGCCAAACCUGGAACCCUGGUCUGACCUACUGACCACCACCUAACACCUACUGACCCUUACUGGCCCUCAACACUGACCCUUACUGCCUCCACCAACCUCUCCUCUAGCCCUGACUAGACUGGCCUCAUCAUGGACAGGAAACCCUCCUCCAUCCCUCCCUUUAUCCAUAUUUCCCUUUAUCAUUUUACGUGCAUAUCAAGUUUGGUUGAGCUGGAGUUUAUAGGAAGGACAUGCCCAACUGGGCAGGACUAUUGCUGUGGAACAGCCAAACAGAACCGCUGAAUGAUCAUGAACUCUGACCUUUAAUCCCUGACCCUGCUUCAGUCUGAGCCCCAGGGAGACCAGGAGUGGGAAAGGGGGAGGUGGGGGGGUAAGAGCACACACACACACACACACAACCCCCUGCCCAGACUACACAGCCCUCAGGCCCUGACUUAUAUCUACCCCUGACCCCAGUGUGUUGCCAGCCAAUCAGAGGAUACCUGCAAGUUGAAAUGUGUUUUGGCUCAAAUUCUGGGCCUGUGUGUGUACGCUGGAUCUGCUAGGUUAAUUUCAUUGUUGAAGUCUUUGUUUAUUUCUCUGUAUCGUUUUGUACAAAAAAUGAAAAUAUUGCUUGGGAGAGACUCAAUUACUUUUUCACCCUUUAGGAAAAUUGCAGAGCAGAUUAUUGGAGAAUUCUAGAUUAUCUGAAAGACAAAAAACGUACAAACAUUCCCAACUCUUAUAAUCCCAAUCCCAACUAUCCCACAACCAAAGAUCCACCUGACUGACCAAUGGCACCAGUCCCAUGGACACACUGGGAACGCUGGUUUAUCAUACUGGAAGCUACACCCCACAUACUGGGAGUUUUCAGAGGGACGGAAAGACUGGUCAAUUCUACUGGGAUCCUGCUGGGAGUUCUGAGCACAUCUAUUGGGAUGUCAGUCAUCUGGAUUGGGGGUGUACAACAACCAGCCAGACUGAUCAACUAGUCUCUGAUACUGGGACUAUCCACACUGCUACUGAGCAGUGAGCUCCUGGACUUGGAUGUUUUGCCACUAUGCUGGGGCACUGUGCUUAGCUGUACUGGGAGUUUAUGGGCGAACUGGGGGCCCUGCACAGCCAGAC